AGCUUGGAGCGCGGCGCCAGGUGACAGGUGCACAGCGGCGGCCCUUCAAUAUAUCAUAUUACGUCUUAGCGACUGGCGAACGGCAGCCUAGCAACCCAGCCGCCCGGUGCGGGAAGCGAACCAGCUACCCUGUCCCUCCCGCCCUUCGGGUCCCAGCCACUUCCUUGUUUUUAAGUUCCUUUCUCACAUUUUUUUCCUACGAGGAGGAGAAUGGCUCGGAUGCUUACGGGGCUCCUCCUUAUCCCCCUGUUUGUCUGCAAGGUGUCCUGCGACCACAGAAGGGACUUUCCUGAGUUGCCGGCCCAUCGCCGGGAGAUCUUUCAGCAAUUGGCAACUUUCAGGGGCGCUUCCCGGGUCGUGAGAGAUGCUCCCCGUGGAGCCGGUGCCGGGCCGGCAGGAUCUUGUGGCAGCGACACCUCUGAUCAAAGCGCUCUGGCGCAAAAUACCCACCAGAGCGUAUUUGAGGAUGAUGAUGCUUCCUCUGUAAUAUUAGCUUGGGUCGGGGAUGGAACUGGGGUCAUUCUUGCAUUGACAACUUUCAACUUGCCACUUUCUUGGCUAUUUUUUGGUGGAGAUUCCCGGCUUUAUAGAAGUGAGGAUUAUGGGAAAACAUUUUCUGAUAUCUCAAGUAUACUCAAGCACUGUUAUAUAAGGAAAGAAUUUGGAAUUAAUGUAGGACCGAAGCAUUCCAAGAAGGUGAUUCUGAUAGCAGAUGAAGCAAAACAAACAAGACGCAGUGGCAUAAUGUUGCGGUCAUCUGAUUCUGGUCGGUCAUUUCAUUACCUCCGUCUCCCCUUCCACCCUAGCCAGCCAAUGAGAUAUCACUCCACCCAUUCAGAUCACCUGCUGGCCUACAGCACUUAUCAUGAUCUUUGGUUUUCUCAAAAUUUUGGUGAUACAUGGAAAAAACUCCAUCAGUUUGUCUAUACAUGUUCAUGGGGACCAGGAAGCACCAUCUUUUUCUCAACUAAUCCUAACGGCGUUUAUGAUAUAAAUGACAGAGGAAUUCUGGUGCUAAAGAGAACAAUGGAUUUUGGAAAAACGUAUACAACACUUCUGACAAAUGUUUAUUCAUUUGGCUUUGCUGGCCGUUUUCUCUUUGCCUCUGUUGUCAAUAACCAGACCCUGCCUCGAUCAAUCUAUGUGUCUACUGAUCAGGGUGAUUCUUGGAAUAAAGCUCAACUCCCUCCUGUCGGUCAUGAACAGUUUUACUCAAUACUUGCAGCAGAUGAUGACAUGAUCUUCAUACAUGUGGAUGAACCGGGCAAUAAUGGGUUUGGUACAAUUUAUACUUCUGAUGAUCGAGGAAUUCUUUUCUCCAAGUCCCUGGAACGUCACUUGUUUUCUGACACGAGUGGUACAACAGAUUUCACAAACGUGACAUCACUUCGUGGAGUCUACAUCACAAACGUACUUGAUGAAGAUAAUAAUAUUCGAUCAGUAAUUACAUAUGACAACGGAGGAGAGUGGAAACCUUUGAAAAAGCCAGAUAACAGUCAAUGCGAUGCAACAUCCAAGAAUCCACAUAUGUGUAAUCUUCACAUCCAUGCUGCAUAUAGCAUCUCCCAGACCUUGGAUGUUCCUAUGGCCCCACUCACUGCACCAAAUGCAGUUGGAUUGAUCAUAGCCCAUGGUAGUGUAGGAGAUGCCAUCUCUACAUUGGUUCCUGAUGUGUAUGUAUCAGAUGAUGGUGGAUAUACUUGGUCAAAAGCACUGACUGGACCACACUAUUAUGCCAUUCUUGAUUCAGGAGGCCUAAUCGUAGCAGUGGAAUCAUAUAUGGACAAGCCUAUAAACAUUAUAAAGUAUUCAACUGAUGAAGGGCAGUGCUGGAAUAAUUAUACCUUCACCAAUGAAACAUUUAUGUUUGUGGGGCUUGUAUCAGAACCUGGAACCAAGUCAACGAAUGUCAGCCUCUGGGGAUACAAACGCGAAGGCAUUUAUUCAACAACUUGGAUUUCAAUAACCAUUGACUUUGAAGAGCUUCUAACCAGAGACUGUGAAGAGAAGGAUUAUGUCAGAUGGUUAGCACAUUCUACAGCAACUGGUAUUGAAACUGAUGGCUGUAUAUUGGGAUACAAAGAAACAUUUCAGAGGCUUGCAAAGGCUUCUGUUUGCAGAAAUGGAAGAGAUUAUAUCGUCAGCAAAGAACAAAACUUCUGCCCUUGCACUAAAGAUGAUUAUAUGUGUGAUUUUGGGUAUUACCGUGAAGGAAGCAGUGCUGAAUGUAAAGAACAACCAGAUUUAAAGAAUAGCAUACUGGAAUUCUGCUUACAAGGGAAGGAGGAGCUGCUGAAAACUCAAGGGUAUCGCAAAGUUCCAGGAGAUAAAUGUGAAGGUGGUUUCAUGCCUAAUCGAUCAGAACAAAUGACAAACAUGAAGUGCGAACAACUUCUGUCAGUGAAAAAUCCUAUGCCCAAGACUACUAUCAUCAUUGUUCUGAGUGUAUUGGGAGCUUCAGUGUUGAUGAUAACAGGCAUCGUCCUUAUAUUCAAGAAAUAUGUUUGUGGAGGAAGAUCCUUGGUUUAUCGUUACUCUGUUCUGCAAACCAACACCGAUGAAGUCUGUAUUGCUGAUGGCCUGGAUAGUAAUAGAUCAAACACACAAAGAACUUAUCACGAUGAUUCUGAUGAGGAUCUUCUUGAUUAAGGCGGCACUUGGUCUAAAUGGUAUCGCGGCCACUAUUUGCUAAGCCAACUCUGCAGAUGGACAUUGCCUCAAUAAGUCAUCAGUUUGUAAAAACAACAAUUCCAGAUGCCCUUGACAGUGCUUUCUUCUUGCUAGUCAGCUUCCCUACAUUUUCAUUCCAUUUUGCAAGCAAGAUAUUUUUGUGCCGCUGUUAAUAAAGUGAAACCGUUCUUUUCACUGUGCCACUAUGUUCGUGCAGCUACUAUAAUUUAAUGGGCAUCUGUCUUACAGGAUAAACUUCACAAGUCCUAUAUUGGUGGUAAGGCUUUGCCUACAACCAACUCAUGUUGCAAAAUGGUUCCUAUCUAACUCAAUGCACAGUGAAAACAGAAGCAAUGUUUGAAAAGUGGCUCCUCACAUUUAUCCUAAUAGAUAUUGCCUAUAUUCAGUGAUUGUUUAAACUGUGUGGGAAAAAGAAUAAUUGCCAAACAGAAUUAAAUGUUUGACUUUACUGCUUGAGUCUUAAUCUGAUUGAGGGAAUCAUUUGCUCUCUAUAGAACUCAUCAAAUCUAAAUUUCAUUUCAUUGGGCCAUCAGCUCUACUCUAGCAGUUCAUGUAAACAUCCAUCCCCCCCCCCAUUACUUUCAACUUACAAUGAAAAAUAUUUUAUGCGUUUGAUAAAACCAAUAAAAGUGAAUUCUCUUUUAUUUUAAAAAGUAGCAAUUUAGGAACAAAAAAAUCCAUGUGUAUUGUCCUAUCACAAUAUUGUCAGAAGAUUAACAUCAUCACCCCACCACCCUUCAGUGAAAUUAUAUUGUGUAUUUCCAGCAGUCUUUAUACAGAAUUUGUGCAUGUUCCACUGACCUUCCACUGAAAUUGUAACCAAAGAAUGCAGAGAUUUUCUGCACUGUGUUGUGUGCCUUAAAAAGAAAUUGAUGUUUGUUUUUUUUUUGUAAACAACUACAUCUAAGUUUGGGAAAAUGUUUCUUGAAUGUACUUUGUGAUUGUGUUACUUAACUCAGAUUUUACUGUAAGUAGAAAUUUAUAGGAGCUUAUAAUUGUUGGGGUGGUAGUCCAAAACAAUCAGUAUCCAAUCACUUGUCCUUUAAAUAUCCUGCCUAAGAUUAAUUUCUGUUGGAUUUAUGUAUGUACCCCAGAAUAUAACAGGCAGCACUAUCACUACAAGUUUCUGUGUUCUAGAUGAUAGCAUUAUACAUUGACUGAAUAUCUAAUUGAAAUGUCACAGUCAUCCAUACUUUGUUCAGGUUUUCAACAGUUGAAUCAAAUUGGAGACUUGUCAGCCUUCCCAUGGGACCUUAAGAUCAGAUUGACAGGCUCAGUUUAUCUUUGAUAUUCUCAGAGUUUUCCUUCUUAAGUCUAUGAUCAUCCUGUAUUUAACUUCUCCAUACUAUAUUCUAGUCCCACCUUUUGUUAAUCCUUUCUUCUCGUGCAAAAUGGUACUCUAUUUUUAAAAUUAGUUAUGAGGUGGUUCUCAGCUUGGAGGUCACUUAAUAUAUAGUUUGUAAAUAACGGGGAUUCCAGCUCAGGAUUCAAACAUAUAUUUUAUUUUGAUUAAAAGGUACUGUAAAUCACAAGGCUUCAAAUCUUUCUCAGAAUUGUCCCCUGUCAUCCCACCUUUUGCUUCUAGAGACAUAACAGAAAGCUGUUUGCAUAUGUCAUGGUUUCUGUGUGAAUAGGAUUUUCCGUGACAUUGCCUUCACCAGAGUGAAAGCCUCUCUAAAUAAUUUUUCUUCCAAUCAAUACCAUUAUGACUCACUCCCAUUAAAUAUUUUCCCAUUGUUUUUCUCCAAGGUUAAGGACACAGUUGGCAUAUUGCAGUCCAAUAAUAAAGCACAUUGACUUGUAUUAUUUGUAAUAUUAUUUAAUGAAACUCAAUACUGUAAUUGUGAUCUACAUAAAAAUGUGCCUGAUGACACCUAGUAAUGUUUUGACAUUCCUAAACACUCCAGUCAAUCCGUGAUAAGCCACUUCGAUACUCAACUGCAUCUAUUUGAACACUUCAGUGGACAAGCCUCUCGUUUUCAGAUGGCUUUCUAAAUGAAAUGUUAAAAAUAAGAACUAAAUGAAUCGGGAGCAAUCUGACCAACAAAAAGUCAUCCUGCAAAACACAUUCUCCUGAACCUGAGAUUCAGAUAACGUGUCCACCACCGGGAAUGUGGUAAUUCACUCUUGAACCGGUGGCACAGUACCAGAAACCCAGGUUCAAUCCUGACCUUGGGUGCCAUCUAUGUGAGGCUUGCACAUUGUCCUGUAUGACUGCGUGACUUUCCUACCAUAUCUUAAAGUUGUGGGUUGGUCGGUAAAUGGCCACGAUUAAAUUGCCCCUAGCAUGUAGGUGAGUGGUUAUGAGAAGACUGGGAGAGUACAAAAGGGAUAGUAUAAAUAGCUGUACGAUGGUUGUUGUGGACUUGGUAGGCUGAGGAUCUGCUUCCAUGCUAUCUCACUCUGAUUCAUGGGCAUGAAUGAAAUACUAUUAACAUUUGCUGCUUUGGAAAAAUAGCUUUGCCCUACAAACCAUUUUGACUUUUCAAAUUAAAAAGUUUUGAAGUUUUUACAUAAAAAUAACCAAUAAUGUUAGGCUGCUGAUAAUGUCAGGCUCCUGCAAGUCAAUUAGACUGCUUCUAUGGGAAGAGAAACAGAUUCAAUGUUUCAGGUGAAAGACGAUAGUGGAGAUGAUAUCUCUAAUAGAGUAAACCAGGCAGUUGUGAAAUGCAAAGCAGUUUAGGCUGAGCAUGUGCUUCACUCCCAGAGAAAAGAAAGGAAAAAAGGUGUGUGUGGGGGGAAUAAACAGAAUUGAGCUAAUAUUACAGAUGGAUGAAUGAUACAGUCAAGAGUAAUUAAGUUAUCUGAAGUUGGAGAAUUGCCUUCCUGUUCUGUGUUUUGCAACUCCGACGUUCUUUGUUUUCUCUGGCUAACUGUUUCUGUUUACUAAUUGACUUGAUUACAGCUUAUCCACACGACUGUUCUCCCCUAUAAGAGACAUUUCCCCUCCUUCACUCUCCUUAGCAAGCUGCUUUUGUCUCCUUCCCCAUACUGACGAAGGACCUCUGACCUGGAAUAUUAACUCAGACUCUCUUCUCACUGAUGUAGCCCAACUGAUGAGAAAAUAAAUAAUACCCUGCACCGGUCAUGAAAUGAAUGAGAAAUAAGGCACUUUUCUUGCUUUCCGAGCUGCCUGUGCACUCCCACGCCCCCCCCCCCCCAUCUGUUGAAAGAAAUGAGUCCCAAGAUUAAAGGGAAGCAAACCAAAACACAGCUGAAGUGGGCCACCUCAAAUUGCCAAGCAAGAGUUUGUUUUAAGGUUGGCUCUUAUGAGCGAGGGAAGUACCUUUUUUUUUAAUCAAAUGUAAUGCAACAUGAUUGUAGGCCCAACUCUGAAUUCUAAGGACAACAGCAGAGAAGGUCUGCACACAUCUUAGAUCUUAAAGAUUAUUGUAGUGAUGUUAUUUCUAUCUUUGUAAUAGAUUUCAUAGAAGAUGUAUUUUUAAAUAUUCUCUGACAGGGAAAUUAUCUAGAAAGGAUAAUCCAAUUUUAUUAAAAAAAAGUUUUUAUAGCAGAAUAAAAUAUUGUAUUUAAUUCCAGUUAACUGAAUUUGCAAAUUAAGUUGUUCUUCACAAAAUAAAGUUCUUCAGUCACAUUGGA